CUGUGUCAUGUGGGUUGCUCAGAAAAUCCAGGAGCUGGAGGCCACGCUGUACGAUGCGCUGCAACAGGAGCCGGGGCGGAGGGCCAGCGAGGCGCUGAGCGAGGGCCAGCGGGAGGACCUGCAGGCUGCCGUGGAGAAGCUGCGCCGGCAGAUCCUGCGGCAGAGCCGGGAGUUCGACAGUCAGAUCCUGCGGGAGCGCAUGGAGCUGCUGCAACAGGCCCAGCAGAGAGUGCGAGAACUGGAGGAUAAGCUGGAGAUCCAGAAGCGACACCUGAAAGAACUGGAGGAAAAGUCCAAGAAAUAA